UUUGGCGUGUUUUUGGUCAUUGUCGCAUAAAGUUACAUUCACACUUUACAGACAAAAAAUGCCGGUCAUUGACAAAAGAAGGGCAGAUGAAUAUGCUGUCGUCCCAUCCAAACGACAGAGGCAUGAAUUAGUUGCUGCAGAGCACGACAAGAUGGUGAUGUUGUGGGACUCGGCCACCGGAGGGCGCAUCAAGAAGUUGAAAGGGCACACGUCGAUCGUGAAUAGCUGUUCACCGGCGCGGCGCGGCCCUCCGCUCGUGUGCAGUGGCAGCGAUGAUGGCACGAUCAGACUGUGGGACUCGCGCAAGAAGGGAACCAUGCAAACAUUCCAGAACACAUACCAGGUCACCGCGGUGACGUUCAACGACACGGCCGAGCAGAUCAUCAGCGGCGGCAUCGACAACGACAUCAAGGUGUGGGACCUGCGCAAGAACGCCGUCCUCUACGAGAUGCGCGGUCACAGCGACACGCUCACCGGGCUCCGGCUCAGCCCCGACGGCUCCUACCUGCUGUCGAACGCGAUGGACAGCUCGGUGCGCAUCUGGGACGUGCGGCCGUUCGCGGCGCGCGAGCGCUGCGUCAAGAUCUUCCACGGCCACCAGCACGGCUUCGAGAAGAACCUGCUGAAGUGCGCGUGGGCGCCGGAUGGCAGCAAGGUGGCGGCGGGCUCGGCCGACAGGCACGUCUACGUGUGGGACACAACGUCGCGGCGCGUGCUCUACAAGCUGCCGGGACACAGCGGCUCGGUGAACGAGGUCGACUUCCACCCGCUCGAGCCGAUCAUCGUCUCGUGCGCCAGCGACAAGAAGAUCUAUCUCGGCGAGAUCGAGGGUUGACCGCCAGGGAGCGCUGACGCGAGGAGACGGCCGAAAGACUGGGGGCGAGUGGUCGCGCUUGUAGAUGGCGCUGAUGUGGAGGUGGCCGAAAGAUUUGGCGAGUGGACUGGAGGGAGGGAGCGCUAAUUUAGAGACGGUCGAAACAUUUGCCCAACGAUCAAGGGUGGACUGUAGAGGUGGCCGCGUGGGCAUGGAUUUCGCGUUGGAGGGAGAAACAAGUUCUACACAAUGCCGCAGCCUGUCUGCCGCCGCUUAGGGCUUGAGGAUGAGAGAGAAGCGAUGGUUGGUGGGAAUAAGUGGGAAUGCAUGCCUAGCCGUGUUACCCCAUAGAUCACACAGCUGGUAGCAGCCAUCACUCUUGUACGAUAGGUGCCACUGCAAAGCGCAAUCCCACCAUAGCUCUGAGAUGAGAUGAGGAUAGGCCGUGAAGAAAAAGGAAACGACAAGCCUCUGAUGACCAUCACUAACGUGAGACUCCAGGCCAGCACAUCUGCUGUGUGAAGCCGAGUGUACUCAAGGCAGUAUUCGGCCAUUGGCUGUGUGCAUCUGUGCGUGUGUGCAAUUCAAUUUCCUCGAUGGUCUUGCAGUCAUGUCACAUCACGGAUGGAGAACUUGCACAGGAGGAUCACGAGUCGAGUGACUCCCUCACUCAGAUCUUAUUAUCAUGUUGCUAUUUGCGCACGUGGUAAAGUUAUCUCACUACAAGUGCAUAACAGAUUUCGAACAUCUUUUUAUAAUAAAAACUUGUAUUUACAAGACAUGAAAACUUA